AACCCUCUUUACUAGAAGGGUAGCCGCUGCCGAUGGGGAGAAGGGAAAAAACGAAAAGAAAAAAAGCACUAGUCUCUUCAGAGUUCAGGCUUGUAUGAGGAGGCUUUGGCAGUUGUGACUGUGGCGCCUUCCAAGAUGGCCGAAUUGAGCGCCGAGGCGCCGCUGGCAUACAGUGAAGAGUGGAAUGAGUUCAGUGAUUUCCAGCAGGCGGUCGAAUUGAACAACGGAAAUGACAAUGGUAACACAACCAACAACAGUCCACCGCCGAGGAACAAAGCGUUGGAUAAUGUCAAGAAGAUGGAGAGCAGCAGCACUAACAACAUGGCCGAUCACUUUGGCGAAACGAGUAGCUCUCUGUCAACUUCGCUGGAAGAUCUAGUCAACACGUUCGACGACAAGAUCACCAAAUGUUUCCGGGAUCUUGAUCAAAAUGUCGAGAGCCUCGCCCCCGUCCAAAUCCGUAACCAAGACGACAUCAUCAACGAGUCACAGAUGUGGUGGACGCUGACAGGCAAUUAUGGAAACAUCCUACCAAUUGACUGGUCAAAGUCGAUGACCCGACGGUUACAUUUACCCACUCUACAGCUAUGCGAUAGACAGAAGCACAGUCAAGAGGUAGACACGUUGUCAGACGAGGAUGAAGCUGUGGCAUCCGAUUUGGACUUGCACGCCCUCAUCGUGGCACAAAAUCCACCUGAUUUGGACAUUGAACCGCUCCAGUCAGCAGAAGAAGUCAUCAAGGAAAUUGACGACCUUAUGCAGGAUCCGUCGUCGCCGGAAAUGAGCGAAAAUAUGCAUCAAAGUCCCGACACGCCCGAAUGUUCCAUGCCCUACCGACUGUCCAAUGCAAUUCAUCAAGAGAAGUUGGAAACGUGGUCCGUUGGCCAAUUGAACGAGCUCCUCUCUGAGCUGGAAUGGCGCGUUCAACAUCACUCAGAAACUUUAAUCGCCGAGCUGGCGCUUCGUGACGAGUUGGAAUAUGAAAAGGAGUUAAAAAACACUUUCAUCUCGUUGCUGUUGAAUGUGCAGAAUAAGCGUCGCCAAAUGACAGCUAACCAGAAAAAGCCGGCGACAAAUGCAACGACACCGACCGGCAAGAACGGCAAUAAAAUAGGCAGUGGGUUCAGCAGCCAAACCGACUGCAAGUACAUCACGACAGUCAUUCCCUAUCACCCUGGCAACGGACCUCCGAGUAAUCCGACAGUCCAGGUCCUCAUCAAAAUUCUCCGAGCCAUUGUUGAGGAUAGCCCGACCGUGCCGACGUUAUUAACGGAUUACAUUCUCAAAGUAUUGUGUCCGACGUAGCUGCUCGGUCGCGGAGCCGCUAGUUUUGGUAUUGUUUUUUUUUUGUUUUUUUUUCUAUUUUCUCUCAUUUCCAGUUUUCUCUCUUCCUUCCUUCCGUCAAUAAUGACACCCUCGAGAAUCUUACGCAAUCUCUUUGCAGCUAGUGGGCGCACCUAACGUCCGUCCUACGCGCACCAUCCCUUACAAUACCUUGAAACAACAACAACAAAAAACGAAUUCUUUUUAGGGCAAACGAUAUAUCGGCUUUAAAAGAAUUAUUUUCUUUUUUUUUGAAUUUGUAGUCGAAAUCGGAAACAUAAUCUGACUAUUUCCUCUUUCUUUUUGUAUGAAAUAAGUCUUCAUUUGUUAUUAUUUUGGCUGUCUCUAUCGCGAGACUGUUCAGACUUUGCCUAAUGUGUUUAUAGUUUUGACUCCCCAGCCGCCAUUGUUAAUUUUUUACUUCGCUUAGGCUUUAGCAUUUUUUUUUUUUUUUUACGAUUAUUUAUAUACCUUGCGUGAUUUUCUUUUCUCCAUCCCGACGAAAAAGCAGAAAAUUGGAACCGAGUUCUAAAAAAAGAAUACAGCUGAAUGAUGGGUCAGGGAUUAUUAUCUUUUCAUCGGUGAUUAGACCUCCUUGAUAUUUCUCCCUUUACGAAUGAGAACAGACGAGAUUGAAUACCGAGCUUUGAAUAGGCUCGUCUAGUCAAAACAUUUGAUCCUAGUUGGACGUCCAAUUUCUUUUGAUGGGCGACGUCAACCCACCUUUGUCGACAGCGAGCCUCUUUUUUUUUUUUUUUUUUUUAGAUAUAUUUUUUCAGGACAAGAACUUAAAAAAUGAAACAAAGAAAAAAAAAAGUAACUAUGUAGAUCUCAAAACCAAUUCUUUCCUCGUUCACUCUUCUCCUCCCUGCUGCACUUGACAAUGACUAAUAAAAAUGAAAAAGCAAAAACAGGAAUGAAAGACGAUACAAAGACUUGCUACUUUAGACAUCAGAUUGAUAUGAUGACACUUUCUGUUCUGCUGUUGUGGCUUUUUUGCGUUCACUUUCUUCGGUUCUCCUUCUUUGUAUACUAUUUCGUGACGUGUGUCGUGUGCCACUUAUGGACGUUUAAAAAAAAAAAAAAGCGCAAUACAUUACAAUGCUCCCAUUC